CUGUGUGUGUGUGUGUGAGGGAGAGAGAGAGCUGUGUGUUGCCUCCUGCAGCGAGGGCUGUGUGGCAGAGGUAUGUGGGAGGAGAGAUGAGUCUGGGUUUCCACACACGGCUCCUGAGCUGGCGAGAGGAUAUCCUGAGAUUUGGGGGCCAGUCAGUCUCUCUCUCUCUCUCUCUCUCUCUCUCUCUCUCUUUGACUCUGUUUAUACUGUGGGCACCUCUCAGAGAUCUGCACAGACGCUGGCUUUUCUUCACUUCUUCUCCGCUGAAUGAGGCACUGAAAGGAAAGUUCAGUUCCAGGGGAUAGGCAGGAUGAGCUCACUGGGGGCAAUGCCUCCCACCCCACCAGAUCGGUCCCCGUCCCAAGACUCGCAGUUCUCCAUGGAGGACUACUGGAGUGAGAUGAAGAACAUCCAGGAGGACUGCCAGGGCAUCGGAGAGGAGGCGAUGGAGAGAGGGAGCAUUGAUGAGGCGGAGCUCGAGGAGGCGUGGCUUAACGAGGCUGGCCUAUCAACACUUGUGUCUGGCACGCUGGGGGAGGGGCCUGCCGAGGCCCUGCUGUCCACCCUUACGCGCUCCCAGGCAGCCAUGGUGAAGAAGCGCCUGGACAACUACACGCAGACGAUGCGCAAGAGAAACAAGCAACCCAUGCGCCACGUGCGGGACGUGUUCUCCACACCAGACAGUUCGCCAGUUGACCCGCUUCCCCCACCUCUCUCCCCCAACGGACAGAUCGCUCCCAAACUGCCUCAUCGGACGCCUACAAGGGGAGUCCUUCCGGGAGUCCCCUCAUGUCCGGUCUUCUUGUCAGCAGAGGAGACCUGUGUAUCAGAGUAUGGCCCAGAGGAGUACAUCUUGUCCUUUGAGGUGCCCUACUCAGACGCCGUGACUGGGCACCGCAAUGGCAAAGACUGCCAAGACUGCCAGAGCUUCAGAAAAGAUGAGAAAGACCUGCCAACCUUUCAGAUCGUCAAACCCAAACUGGGCCUCACGAGGGUGUACGACUUGUCGUCUGAGGACAUGAAGAAGAUCGGCUACUUCGCUCUGAUAGAGCUGACCACCUUCUACGAUGGCAUGGGCAUCGAAAUGAAGAGGAACCGUGUGGUGCGCAGCAAGACACGAGAGAGCGGCAUAUUUGGGGUUCCCCUGACGACCCUGCUGGAGAACGACCAGAAAAAACUCCCUGGCUCUCGAGUUCCUCUGGUUUUCAAAAAGCUGCUGUCUAAACUGGAGCAGACAGGCCUGCAAACAGAGGGGAUUCUCCGGAUCCCAGGAUCAGCCUCUAGAGUGAAGCAACUGCGUCAGGAGCUGGAGUCGAAGUUUUACGAGGACCGCUUUGACUGGGAGCAGGUGCGGCACAACGACGCGGCCGGUCUGCUGAAGAUGUUCAUCCGGGAGCUGCCCCAGCCCCUGCUCACGCUGCAGCAUCUGCCCGCCUUCUCCGCCGCUCAGAAUAUCUCCUCUCCCAAACAUCAGAUCCAGGCCCUGCACCUGCUCACUAUGCUGCUUCCUGAGGCCAACAGAGACACACUCAAGGCCCUGCUGGAGUUCCUGAGGAAGGUGGUGGCCAACGAGGAGAAGAACCGCAUGAGCAUGUGGAACGUGUCCAUGAUCGUGGCGCCCAACCUGUUCACGGUGCGCGGGAAGAACGCGCGGCAAGAGGAGAUGGUGGGGGCGGCGGGGGCGGCACACAUGGUGCGGCUGCUCAUCACCCACCAGGACCUGCUGUGGACGGUCCCCUGCUUUCUGAUCUCGCACGUAAGGAAGAUGAGCGAGGCGACGGCCCAGAAGAAGACGCCCAGCUCUGACAAGAGCAAGAGGAAGCUGCUGAGGAGGCGCCACACCGAGAGGGAGAAGGAGAGGAGCGAGCUCACUGACUUCCGAGACGGAGUCAUCAGAGUCCAUGCUCCCCAGCAUGCCAAGGUUUCCAUGGCGAUACUACUGGACAGCAAGACGAAGGCACGGGAUGUCAUGGCGCGCUUUGACUACGAGAACGGGCGGGGGACUCUUAGCACCAGUCGGAAACAGAAGCAGUUUCUGUUUGAGGUUGGAGGAAACAUAGGGGAGCGUUGCCUGGAUCUCGAGACCCCCCUGCUAAAUGUGUACAGAACCAACCCGCAGUGCGAAUGGGUCUUAAAACAACGGACAACCUGAGCAGAGGACCACAUCCUGCACAGGCGUGCAGAAACGACAACAAAAAAGUGUUACGUGUGGAGCCAUCUACUGGUCAUCCUGUGAAAUGAACCCGAUGCGCGGUGAGAGGAGGAUUGUUGCUCUGGAUUAGCUGACCGGUCCAGUCUGAACCACGUCUGAAAAAAGAAACACAAAGACUUGUGAGAACAACAGCAGAGGUUCGGAACCUGGCACUGGGCUCGCUCCACCUGAAGGAAUUUUUCGUUCUUUUUUUUUUUUGUCCAAGCCUUUUAGUGUUGGAGGGGGAAUUUGCAGCUUAUCAUCCCCAGACCAUAAAGAAAAAAACGACUAAUCUGGUUUGGGCAUUGUGGCAUUUUCAACACACGUCGUAUCAGAACUUGACCGACAAAAAAAAAACUACAAUGCUGGCCAUUGGGAAGUUUCUUUCUUUUAUUUUCAGUGCCAAAACAGGGCAGAGUGCAAUAGCCCACUCCACUAGUUGUGUUACCAGGCAGAGGCCUCGGCAACCAGUCAUGUUUACCACUCUUUCACUCCGGAGGCCCAAGUGUAUAGAGCAAAAAAACAAAAAAGAAAUGUACAUAUGAUAUUUAUACCACUAAUUUAUCCAACCUUUUUUUAUCAUCAUUUACGUACCAUGUAAUACCACCACUUUUUGUAUUGUUUUUAAUGAACUGCAUGUGUGUAACAGAAGCCAUUAGAACACUAGUAUGUAUGUAUGUAUGUAUGAACUGUAUGUCUGUUUGAGUUCUUAGAAAUGUUUACGUCUGCUGAAAAAAAAGGAACUCCAUGAAGGAAGCUUAACACAGCUUAGGAUGGAUGCUGGAACUGCGUCUCACACAUGUCAGGCUGAUCUAACACACCUGUGACUGUACGUCAGCACUAAUCUGACCAUACACUGACAUCCACUCAUGUGACACACACACACACACACAAACACAAACACACACACACAUUCAUGUGGAGGCACUGAGGAAGAGACUGCCUGUCUUCUUCCUGCCACUCCUCCUGCUCAAAUAAAACCCUGAACAACACUAGGAAUACUGUCUUCAUAUUCAAGGAACUUAGUACAUGGGGAGUUGACCCCGUUGUGAUCCCUAUUUGACAUCUUUUCAGCAUGAAUCGGACUGAUUUUUCAGAACUCUGUACCGGGCCAUGUGUUCCACCUUCACACGAUGACCUGCCGACACGGUUCCCCACCUGCCAACGAACGCAAGUUUUGUGGUGUUGAGUAGUAUGGCGCUUAUACCUGCAGCAGUUGCAUUGACCUGUAAAACAUCGUUUACAUAGUCCGCAAUGCUCAGGAAUAACAUUGUUUUUAUAUCCCCCC